UCACAUAAGUGGACGGUAUAAUUCACGUUUAUUGCACAUACCUCUCUGCAAGCGGUUGUUUUCUCAUGAAGCCGCUAGGGAGCGCUGCUCCACUUCUGACAGUGGAGCAGCGCGUCUCCGUGUCUUCCAGACGGCCAGACAGGAGCGCAAAUACAGUCUCCCUGACUCCCCGACCGCACCGCACCUCUGUCCCGCCACACCGGCCACACUUUAUCAUCAUAUCCCCUCAAAGAGGACGGAGAGGAGGGCACCGGUGCACACCAGAAGCCUGACUGAGGGGUUUCAAGUUGGAUGUUUCCUCCGCGUUGGUAUGGCUCAAUAAGUAAGUUUCCUGUCUCACCGGCUGCGCACAAGAGGAGGAGAGCAGCGGAACUUUCACAGGACCAUUCCCUGCACCUUUUCUGGCACUGCGCGCUUUUCUAACCACAGGAGCAAAUAUCUGCCACCGGCUCCCCUUUCUCUCCAGACCGGAGGCUGCGGAAGUGGAUGGUAUGGUGUAACUUUUCCGCUCCAGCCGAACCUGAGCGGCCGGUGUGCAGAGAGGAGCCGUUAUAUGGUGCUGGAGAGGGGGAUGCGAGCCUCUCCUCCGUCUCGGAUAGCGGAGCGGCUAUGAGGAGAGAGGUCAACCUGCUGGGCUAAAGAGAACAAGACCACACCGCACCAACAGAAUGCGGGAACGGGGCCCUUGCAUUUGUGGAGUAGGUGUAUGGAGUCUACUGCUGUCCCUCUGUCUGGCCUCCCUGACACAUGCACACCGGAGCCACACAGUGCAUGUGAAGGCAGGGACGUGUGAGGUGAUCGCUGCCCAUCGCUGCUGCAACAAGAACAAGAUUGAGGAGAGAUCUCAGACUGUCAAAUGUUCCUGUUUCCCUGGACAGGUCGCCGGCACCACUCGGGCCAUGCCCUCCUGUGUUGAUGCCUCCAUUGUAGUCCAGAAGUGGUGGUGUCAGAUGCAUCCAUGUAUGGACAGUGAGGAGUGCAAGGUUCUUCCAGACCUCACAGGAUGGAGCUGCAGCACAGGCAACAAAGUCAAGACCACAAAGGUGACCCGAUAGUCUCACACGUCUCAAAACGAGAAGGAGAAAAUGGUGGUGGAGAUACUGACACAGCACAAUGGACCAGUGGUGAGGAAACACACUGAGAUGGACUUCAAUGAAGAACCAGUAAUUGUUUUAUUUUGCUGAGGAUAUCCCGAGAAAUGGCGGCUGAAGAGACAGGACUCUAAACACUGGAUACCGUCACCUUUAACACAACUGAGUGUCCUUGGUCUGUAAAUGCAGAGGACUACAUUACCCACAAUCCUUUACUGCAACUACAAACUUCGACAAAGUGAACUAUGACCUAAACCACGCACUGGAUUAGAUGACAAAAAAACGACUUUCUUUACAACAACCUGUAGUCUUCAUCUCUCUUCUAUGGCUUAGUUGUGUUCCAUAUGCAUACUGGGAAUGAAUGAAGGGGAACUGGUUUUUAGACCGCUAUCCUGUAUACUACAAAAAUAAGGGAGUGGAUCCAGAAUGGCGGUAUCAUUUAAUCCGGUUGACAUAUUUAAAUUGAAUUGUGCCACAUACAACACACUUGAUGCUGUCAAAUUGUUUCUCAGACCUGAAACUGAACCUUUUUCUUUUUCCGAUUUCACCUCCAUGAACAUGUUUUACCUUGAAUAGUUUGUGGCUCACCACACGCCAUUUUUUAAAAUGGGGGAGACAGUUUAGCAGUCGUCUAUUUUCUUUUGUUUUUUUGACAACAGAGUAAAAAAUCCUUUCAGGGGUGAGGUUAGACUAAUACCAAGUAGAUGUUACGGUAUAUUGAAACAUGUAAACGUGUAAAAAUGGUUCAUGGAAUCAAUGGGGCUAAAGAUAAAUUGAUGCUCUAAUGGUUUUAAUAUCUGUGUUUUUAAACGCCUGUUAACCGCUAUUGAGUACAUGUGUCAGUAUUAUACGAAAUGAAUAAAACCUUUCAAAGGAAAA